CUCUAGAGAUGGCUACCUCUUCGGCAAGUGCAGACAAGAAUUCUUUUGGGCUCCGGAGAGUGACGGAAGGCAGCCGUAGCGAUGCAGAGAUCUGUCUCGGGCUGACUGAAUCGGUAGGGUGGCACUACACCAUCGACACGUGGCGGCAAUGGGUUCAUCAUGGGUGUUUCCUCUUCUCCACAACCCCAGAGGGACAGGACAGCGAGGACGGGAAGGAUGGGAGCGACAGUACAUCUUCGGAAAAAGUUGUGGGCAUAUCCUGCACAUUUCCUCAAGGCGCUCUGGCUACCGUCGGCGCCACGAUCACUCUGCCCGAGUACCGCGGCAAAGGACUGGCAACGAAGCUUAUCCGGGGUCUCUUUGAUUUUGCCCGCUCUCAACCCACUGCUUCAGGACAACCGAUCCGCUCUCUGGUCCUCAAUGGGACUGAGAGUGGUCGACCAGUCUAUCGCCGUUUGGGCUUCAAGGAGUACGGCUGGAUCUUGACAGUCAAGGGAUCUCCAGCUCCUGUGGCUGACCUGGCUACUCCCGAGUCGCACCUCUCCUCUUCCCCCUCACUGAAACUUCACAUGGGAGGUGAAUCGCUUUCCAACGAUGUGUGGGAGCAAUUCAUUCAGUUGGAGGACGAAGCGACGGAGCUCGACCGGCGUUCAGUCUGUGAGAUGUCUGUCCUCUCGGCUGACCAGACAUCUUCGCAGACGAGCAAGACGCUACUACCCGGCUCGCGACACGCCUACAUUGUAGACGAGAGCACCUCACGGAUGACGGCCUUUGCCUCGACGCGAAAGAUGCGCAGUCAGUGGAUCAUUGCACCCAUUGUGGCCUCUUCCCCCGACCAGGCGGUAGCUCUCCUGUCUGCUCUCCUCACUGAGGUCCACGCAAACAUCCAAAAGGCAGUGAGCUCGGGAGACACCAAGGUCACUCUAGCUCAAUUCGACGUCGACGAAGCCGUGGACCCACAAGGGACACUGCAGAAGUAUGCAGAGAAUCAGUGGGGUCUCAAGGUGCACCGGGAUCUGCAGCUCAUGGAGUACCUCCUGGAUGACGCUGAGAGAGAGGCAGGAGGGGCUGUGGGACCUGCUGAGCUUUUCAACCGUCGAUUGGAGAAGGGUGAGAAGAAGGGACCAUUGCAGUAUGCGAUUGCAGACCUGAGUGUGAUGUAAGCCCGAAUGGGGCUCCUCCUCGGACUCGGGCGCCGGCGGGGUGCAGCACUGUAACCUAGGGCCCCUUUCCCCAUGGGACGUAGAGCCUCUUGUUCGUAUCUCCUCCCUGGAAACUAGAUGACUGCCAUUGGCCUCUGUGAUCUCCGCC